UUUCAAUUAGCGGAAUGGAGAGAUGGGACGCAGAUGGAUGGUGUUAAAAUACUCCGCGAGGAAGUGAUGGAAGUGUUGGCUGCCAAGUGACAAGACGCAGAAGUUGCCUUAUUUUUUGUUUGGAGACAGUGGACAGCCACUUUAAACAGUCAGACAGGACGGAACGCAGGAUCAAUUAGAAAACCAUGCACUGUGCAUAUCCAUGGAGAGAUGGCAUGCGUGCUCCUCUUCACUCGACUUCUCCCCUUCUCACACCGGCUCACAAGAACAUCCAUCUGCUUAUUGUCCCUUUUCCUUUCUUAUUUGUGCUACUCUACACUAUUCCCUGCCGAUACCAUCAUGCAGAAGUCAGGUGAUCCGACGCCCAGCUGCCAGCGCGUCCUGGCCGAUGGAGCCAAAAGGCGCAUUCAGAAAUCCUGCGUUCUGCCGCUGGAUGCGAGACCGAGCAGCGUCGACGCAUCGCGGCAGAAAACCGACCAAAGACCUCCCUUGACUCCCCACAUCGACACGCCCAGUCCUCCCAUGGGGAACUUAAAGUUUGGGAAUAAAAAGUUGCCUAAUGCCAUUAUAGUCGGCGUGAAGAAAGGAGGCACCAGAGCUGUGCUGGAGUUCAUCAGGAUCCAUCCGGACGUGCGAGCGGCUGGGACCGAGACACACUUCUUUGACAGGAACUAUGACAGAGGCCUGGAGUGGUACAGAGGUUUAAUGCCAAGGACUCUUGAAAGCCAAAUCACAAUGGAGAAGACACCAAGCUACUUUGUGACGAAAGAGACGCCGCACCGGAUCUCUGUCAUGUCCCGGGAUACGAAGCUCAUCGUGGUGGUGCGUGACCCCGUCACUCGUGCAAUAUCAGACUACACUCAGACUCUAUCCAAAACGCCCGACCUCCCGAGCUUCCAGGAUCUGGCCUUCAGAAACCAGAGCCUGGGCAUCGUGGACACGUCUUGGAAUGCCAUUCGUAUUGGCCUGUACGCUUUGCACCUUGAAAACUGGCUCCGCUUCUUCCCUCUGGCUCAGAUCCACUUUGUGAGCGGAGAGCGUCUUAUCACGGACCCGGCAGGGGAGUUGGCUCGAGUGCAGGACUUCCUUGGGUUAAAGCGUAUUGUCACAGACAAACACUUUUAUUUCAACCGCACCAAGGGCUUCCCUUGCCUUAAGAAGCCGGAGAGCAGCGGCUCGCCACGCUGCCUGGGCAAAUCCAAAGGCAGAACUCAUGUGCAGAUAGACAGAGAUGCUAUUGAGCAACUGCGAGACUUCUACAGACCUUACAAUGUCAAGUUUUACGAGAUGGUGGGUCACGAUUUCAAGUGGGAGUAGAGGUUGUCAGAAGAUAUUUUUAAAUGGUACAAGAAAGAUUUAUGUAUUCCACAAAUUCCUGCUUCAACAUGACACGGCUAAGGCGGAUAGCUAACUAUCAGCAGUCUCCAGACAAUUUACGAGUGAAACGAUGAAAGCAGUAUUAUUUUUGAAGUGACACUAAUGAGAAGAGCGAAAUCCAAGAUGGCAUUGCUUUUGCACUUGUAAUGAUCAUUUACCAGCCAAUGUCAACAUCCUGUUUGUUGCCAGAUAUAACCGUCAUUUCAGCUUUAGGAUCACAUGAUUUAUGCUUCUGUUACUGUGUAUUAUUGCUGACUAGAUUCCCCAUUUGCUGACUGGUUUGUAAAAAAAAAAGGGGAGGGGGGCUUUCCAGGGAAUGGGAUUAGCUCUUCUUAAAACCUGCUUCACUAAUCAAGGCAGGGCUUGAAAGCAAGACCUUGGAAAAUGUCAGUGAAGUCUUCAGGGAGAGCAGAAUUAAGCUGCGGCGCUGUGGUGGUAAAUCUGAAAUGUAAAGCCAUAACGCAAGUAUGAACCACCUAAUAUCACUUACUGUUGGUCUCAUCAGUUUCUAUACAGGGUGGGAGAUUUUCUGUCUCAUUCUGUCCAGCAUGAAUCUGGUAAGUUAGUAUUUAUCCUGUGACAUGCAGCACUUCACCUUGUUCCCUGUGCUUUAUUUGCAAAAUCCAUGUUUAUAUUUUUGUUACAAAAGUAUUUAAUCACUGCCUUAGCCACAAUGCUUGUCCAUGAACUUCAUUAAAUGAUACAAAAGCAUAUCUACAUUUAUGAUACGUUUUAAUUCUGUCUCAUCUGAAACCUUGACCUUGAUGUUGAAUCUGUGCUAAACCAUCUUGUUUUCAUAUCUAGCCAGGAAAAUUAUGGUUUUCAACAGAUUAGAGCGCUUACUGUUCUUACAUCUGUCGCCCAUGUUACUACUGAAAACAUAGCCUUUGAGGUUUAUUGCAUUCUGUAAGGUUUGUUGAGUGCCUCGGUGGUGCUAGGUGGAUGAGUGGGCGUAGGUGUAAGGAAUUUCAAUCACUUUUCAAAGACAAAGCAGGGAACACCUAGUCGUGGCAGGUUAUCAAAUAGAUUCUGGGACUGCGUGUCACAUGAUUGCAGUGAAAAGUUUGGAUUUGGCUACAUGGUGUGAAUAGUAAAGACUGACUGAACUUGGGUGAGACUGAUACUGUAAAAACAAAGGAGGUUACUUUGUGAUAUAUGAAGAGAGAUACAGUACAUCUUGUGAUUAGGCAACUCCAUAUCACACAUCAUGAAGUUACAGGUAACACUUUAAAUAUACGCUAAUUAAACUGCAUUAUUUAAUUCACAGGGGGUCAACACCUUUACAGUGUGUAAGGGAAGUAGUGGAAAUACUUUUGUUUAAGAUGAACUCAGAAAUAAAUGUAUUUUUUAAACAAGUGAGUACCUGUUUCAUAAUUAUGAAUUAUAGUUAUCUACUAUAUUAUCUACUAUUAUUACUGGAAAAAAUGGCAGAAACAAUGGGGUAACAGUGUCGAUACUCAAAU